AUGUCCUCCCUCUCCUCACCGUCAUCGCCUAGUUUCCCGGACAACUUUCCAUCGUCGUCAAAUCGCAACCCUCAAACGACCGUUUACGAUAUACUGCAUAGUUCUAACACCCCGUCCGAGUUUUACAGCAGCAAAGACCAUAAAGAACAACAGCAUUCGCUUGUCACAUCCGGCUGCAGUCAUUUGGCACACUUCAAAAAGCAGCGACGGCGAUCCUUGGAGGACGAAGUCGUUGUUGAUGAUGACGAUCGAUGGGAUCUAUUCAAUAGUUAUCGGUCACUUGUGCGGUAUUCCCUUGCGUGGCAUAAAAGCCGAAAACAUUUGCACAACAGUAAUACAAGUGACAGAAAGCGAAAACAGUACAAAGAGCUUCCACUACCGCAAUGCUCAACCUGUCACGACCCCUUAUCCCGAUUACAUGUCUGUUUGCAUUCCAUGGAUUUUGGCCACAGAACGCUUUACUGUAAUGAGUGCGACGACUACGUUUACGACAACGAACUGAGCGACGUUAUUGUACGACAGGAAACGAUCCAAAGCGAAACACGACGACGGAAACGAGCACGUACAGCAAACACAAGCUGGGAGCCUACAAGUCAGGAUAUCAGUGCGAUCGUUAAGAACUCGACAGUGCCGUCAUGCAGAGGCAUCCGGGGUUUGUGCAAUAUGGGAAACACUUGCUUCAUGAACGUCAUCCUCCAAAGUUUUAUCCACAAUCCGCUAUUGAAGGCGUAUUUUUUAAGCGAUCAGCAUAAUCCUAGCCGGUGUAACAACAAAUUCUGCCUCUGCUGCGAAAUGGACAAUCUCUUUGCUCAGGUCUAUUCUGGAAAAAAAGAACCAUAUGGUCCGUGCACGUUCUUGCAAUCCAUGUGGAUGAGCCUGAAAGAGCUUGCAGGCUAUGCCCAACAAGAUGCGCAUGAAUUCUUCAUUAGUGCGUUGAACAAUAUCCAUGCCGGAUGCGAGGGUCACUCGUUGUCGACGAACUGCACAUGUAUAGUGCACAGGACAUUUGCCGGUCUUUUGCAAUCCAACGUGACCUGUUUAAAAUGCGGCAACGUGACAAGCACGGUCGAUCCAAUGCUGGACAUCAGUUUGAGCUUACGAUCUGUCGAUAAGAAGAAGAAGGGGUCGCCUAUGUCGAAUAACAAGGUAGCGGAUACAGCAGCAGGGAAGGAAAAUGGAAAGACAAAAAGAAAGAAAAAGCUAGAGCGCAUGCGCAUUACACAUACACACAAAAAAGGUAUACGCAUCCCGAAAAGCUGGGUCCCAAGGAGUACAGUUGCAGCAAAUGCGGCAACACCUUCCAACCACUCGAAUCUGUACACCUUGUUUGCUGUGAUCAACCACCAAGGUAAAAUAGACACGGGCCAUUACACAAUGUUCUCGAAGCAUCGGGGCGAGUGGUUCAAGUUUGAAGAUCACAAUGUUACCACGGCAUUCCAGAAAGAUGUAUUGGACAGCAAAGCGUAA